UAUUUCUCUCUGCUGAUCGCCAUCAGUGACACUUUCAGUUCUCUGCAACCCACUUACUUUCCUGGGUUCGCAUUCUCUUGGCUCUGUCUUGUUUCACAUCGACUCUUCAUGCCAAAACUGCUGCUAUCCGAAAACCGGGAGGGCUGGUCUGCGUUCCACAAGCUCCUUCUUUCCCUCUUUAAGUUUUUGGCUCCAUUCUUGAAAGAGGCUGAUCUCCAACUCGCAUCUCGUGAUCUGUAUCGUGGCUCCCUCCGACUCCUCCUCGUCCUUCUUCAUGAUUUCCCAGAAUUCCUCAGCGAAUACUACUUCGGUCUCUGCGAUGCCGUCCCUCCGCAUUGCAUCCAGCUUCGCAAUAUCAUCCUCAGCGCGUUCCCUAUGUCUAUCAUCCUUCCUGACCCCCAUCUACGCAACAUCAAAUUUGACUCGAUUCCCGAAAUGGGACCGAUACCACCCAUUCUAUCAGACUUUGCUUCACGUCUCAAAAGCGCUGACCUCCGCAACAACCUUGAUCAAUACCUCCUUAAUCAUGGAACCCCUUCAUUCCUUACAACACUCAAAGAUCGCUCGAGGCUGCCUGGCGUGCCAGAGAGUUCAACCGAAUUGUACAACCUGUCAUUGAUAAACUCCCUUGUCAUGUACAUUGGAGUAUCGUCAGUUGCUCAGGCCAAGGCGAGGAGUGGCUCAUCUGUAUUUGUCGCGAGCGACCCUGGCAUUGUUGCUUUAUAG